AACGCGCAAUUUCGCAAUACCUAUCGAUGCCCAUGGUUGCACGCGAUAAUAAUUUUGGCGCACGCGAAGCGCUAUUUCUCUUUGGAUUCUCUUCGUUUUCUGAAAUCUUAGCAAAUAUAGUGUAGCAAAUUAAACAAAUAAUGAAGCUAAGUGCGGGUACACACUCGGAAACAGGUGGUGUGGGUGCCCAAUCCAAUGGAUCGUUCACUGCUGAUGCUUCUGAUGCCACCGACGACGCGGCUGCAGGCAACGCCAAGUCCGUGGCAUCGGCAUCCCAGAUAACGGAGCAUCUAGAAACGGUAAAGGGGGAGCAGAGGAGACGAGCAGCUGCAACCCAUGAUGGCGACUUGGAUUUCCCGGAAAACGACUUGAAUAGCUCAUUGAGUCCAAAAAACGCGUUAUUAGCCACCAAAAAACUACAGCGUCUCUCUUCGAACAGGAAGCGCGAUUUAAUUAAUUUGCAAUCGGCGCUGAGUCCCAAGUACAUUGGCUAUGCAAAUGCCAACUCCCCGACGCCGUUGUCCGACUCGGACGACACUGUGCGCACAACGCGUCGACGCGUCAAUCAAGCAGCCGCCCUCAACAACAACAACAACAACGCAAGCCACAACAAAAACGACAACGGCGAUGUACAGCCCAGGAACAAUGUCGAGCGAACAGAAUCACCACAGACCGUCGAAGGGACGCCGCUGCUAGAUCGCAGCGAGAGUAAAACCUACAUGAGCCCCAUCGAAAAGCUGCUACUCAAAAAUGGCGCUAGCUCACCAAAAAGCACAGGCUUUGAAACGGAUCCCGAUGACGUGGUACCCCUAGCCACCCGCCUGAAACUUCAGCGAAAGCUGAAGCGUACCGCCAAAACUAGUCCGUCGGCAGAGAAGACAGAGGCAGAUACAGCGACUACAAAGAUGGAUGAAAAAACAGAGAAUGCGACUGCGACUACAGAGAUAGAAGAAGAGAAAGUAGAAGCGACUUUAGAAGCGGAAACCCCGAUAGAGGAAGGAGCGGACAUAGUAAUGGAAGAGCAGACGAUGGAAGCGAUUUUGGAGAACGAAGAGCCAUCAGAGAUGGAAGAAAAAAUGGAAACAAACAAUUUACAACCAAAAGAAAUCACUGACGAUGCAGUCAUCGAAGACACCGUCCCCAUCAACAUGAAUGUAAAAUCUGAGUGCGAGUCCGAGUCUGGGGCAUCUUCCUGCGAUGUGGAUGAGGCAGACAGCAGCAGCCCGAUUAGUUCUUUAGGCAGCGAACACACACAAGACACGCUGCCAGGCGAACCAGCCGAUACGAGUAGCAAAACCAUUGAGUCGAUUGACGAGCCGAAUAACCCAGACUCUGAAUUGGCGUGCGCCUUACCAUCGGCGGCAUCAACAGGCAUGAAAUCCCCUGGAGAUCUGAGCCCGACAUCCUUUCGCCAGCCAGAGGAUAACGGGUACAUGAAGUCGCCGUCUUCGGUGAGUCUGGACAGUGCCAAAGGAUUGUCGAUAGUCACCGAUCCGGGCUGGCCCACCUAUCAGGUGGGUGAUCUGUAUUGGGGAAAGGUCUUUACCUACUGCUACUGGCCGUGCAUGGUGUGCCCGGAUCCGUAUGGUCAGAUUGUGGGCAACCCGCCAGCCCAUCCACAGCGCACAUCCACGGACAACGCGCCCGUGCCCAUUCAGGUGCAUGUUCGCUUCUUUGCCGAUAACGGACGCCGCAACUGGAUUAAGCCCGAAAACCUGCUGACCUUUGCCGGCCUCAAGGCAUACGAAGAUCACCGCGAGGAGGUGCGCAUCAAGCAUGGCAACAGGAGCGGCAAGUACCGAACGAUGGUGCCCAAGCGGUCGAAACUUGAGGUCUGGCGGCAGGCCAUCGAUGAGGCCAAACUAGUGGCCGAGGUGCCCUAUCCCGAGCGACUGGAGAAAUUCUAUAAGAUUUAUGAGAGCGUUGUAACCCUUAACAGGCAGAAGCGGAAACGCACCAACUCCAUGGCGCAGGACACGUCGGAUGUGGGUAGCAGCCUGUACGACUCCACAGACAACUUGCACGCCAAACAGCAUCUUCAGUUGAUGAGCGUGAAGCGUGAACGCUCGGAGACGCCGGUAAGUCCGGCCUUCUCGCCCGUUAAGAAAAGUCAGAAGCGAACCAAGCGGCGAAAGCUGAGCAAGGGAGCUGAGGCGGAGACUGGCGGCAGCAGCAUGCCAUCGCAGGCUGGGGGAAGUGCCGAGAACAAUGUCACUACCACGAUUUCGGAAAUCGAAGAAUAUCGUCACCUAUUUGAUAUCAUCCAGGAAUAUGUGAUUGUCCAUCGGCACGACGAACAAGUGGACAAGGUUCUUCGGGCCGUAGUUGACAAUAUCUGGUCAUUGAAGAAAUUUCAAAUGCGCGAAAAACAUCGAGAGUUGGCUUGUGCAGCAAUUUAUCUGAAUCGGGAGCUCGACUCGGCCAUCGUCCAACGUGACCGCGGCGCUGGCACCACCCAGCGGCUAUCCAAUCGCCUGAGAACGCUGGUGGAGCGACGGAGCCGUACGCCAGUUGUUACGCCAAGUGGUACGCCGACACCCAACGCCAACAGUGGUGAGGCAGUGGUACUGGAGAGGCGUCUCUCGGAAAUUCCAAAGACCAAAAAGCCAGUGAAUCGACCCAUCGAAGAGGUUGUCGACGAUAUAUUCCAGCUGGACAGCAAGUAUCUCUUCCGCGGCCUCAACCGAGGCUCCGUCUGUAAAUAUUGCUACAAGCCCGGCUCGAAUCUGCUGCAGUGCUCGCGUACCUGCCACAGCUGGAUGCAUGCCGAUUGCCUGGAGAGCAAGAAAAGUGGACUGCCCAUAACCAAAAAGGACGGAACGAAGCUUAAAGCUUUAGAAGCUGCAUCCUCCUCUACCUCUACGUCUACCUCACCGUCGCCCGUUCCCGAAAUUGAACACAUCACAGGCGACGCUCCUGACGCCUUAGCCACUGUUGCUACGCCUACCAUUGAGGUGAUCUGCUAUGAGUGCAAUAUUGAUGAAGAUGCCACCUGUUGCAUUUGUCGCCAAGUCUUGCCGCCCCAGUACCCCUCACCGACACCCGGCUCGCCGCUGAAGGAGCCAAGCGAAGCAAAGGAACCCCGACUAGUGGACGGGACGAUGAUAACGUGUGGCCAAAAUAUGUGCGGCAGGAAAUUCCAUGCCGGAUGCUGUAAAUACUGGCCACAAGCGAUCGUCAGCAGCUCCCUGACACGCUGCCCGCUGCACGUAUGCCACACGUGCGUCUCGGACAAUCCUCGAAAAUUCCUACCGGUUGGCAGCUCGAAGCUAACACGAUGCGUCAAAUGCUCAGCCUCGUAUCAUCAGGACUCUCGCUGCAUACCCGCCGGCAGUCGUAUGCUGACCACCACGACCCUCAUCUGCCCCCGCCACAAUGUGGCCAAGACCGAUGCCCAUUUGAACGUGCUGUGGUGCUUCAUAUGCGUCAAGGGCGGGGAGCUACUGUGCUGCGAGACCUGUCCCAUUGCCGUGCACUCGGGCUGUCGCGAUGUACCGAUCGAAAAGCAUGAGAACUACAUCUGCGAGGAGUGCGAGAGUGGACGGCUGCCGCUCUAUGGCGAGAUCGUCUGGGCAAAGUUCAACAACUUUCGUUGGUGGCCAGCCAUAAUUCUGCCACCCACCGAGAUACCUCACAACAUUCUGAAGAAGGCGCAUGGCGAAAGUGAGUUUGUGGUGCGUUUCUUUGGCACACACGACCAUGGAUGGAUACCACGUCGACGUGUCUACCUGUACAUCGAGGGGGAUAAUGGGGAGAAGCUGAAGCCCAAGUCUCAGCUGCACAGGAAAUUCUACAACGGCAUAGAGGAGGCCACGCGCUUUCUUAAAAUCACCAAGGCCAGGCGCCAUGAGCAGAUGGUGGCGCGCGGCAUCAAGGUGAAUCCACCACCAUACGUGAAAAUAAAGAUGAACAAGGCAGUGCCGCCUGUGAAGUUCGUGACCAAUUCGGAGGAGCAUAGCACAUGUGAUUGCCGGCCCGAGGAUGAGCAUCCUUGCGGCUCAAACUCCAACUGCCUCAAUCGGAUGCUGUUCAACGAGUGCCAUCCGGAAUACUGUCUAUGCGGCGACCGCUGCGAGAAUCGGAUGUUCGAGACCCGCAAAUCGCCUCGCUUGGAUGUUGUCUAUAUGAAUGACCGAGGAUUCGGACUGGUCUGUCGUGAACCCAUCGCCGAGGGCGAUUUCGUCAUCGAGUACGUGGGAGAGGUGAUCAAUCAAGAGGAGUUCCAGCGUCGUAUGCUCGAGAAGCAAACGGCUCGGGACGAGAACUUUUACUUCCUUGGCUUGGAGAAAGACUUUAUCAUCGAUGCCGGCCCAAAAGGAAAUCUCGCGCGGUUCAUGAAUCAUUCAUGCGAGCCCAACUGCACAACCCAAAAAUGGACUGUCAACUGCAGCCAUCGUGUGGGACUCUUUGCCAUUAAAGACAUUCCAGCGGAAACGGAGCUGACUUUCAACUAUUUGUGGGAUGAUCUGCUGAAUGACAAGAAGAAAGCCUGCCACUGUGGCUCGGAACGUUGCUCCGGGGAGAUAGGCGGCAAACUGAAAGAAAAGGCCACCACUUUAAAGCUAAAGCAACUGCAACGCAGCAGAACCUCUGCCAUUCGCAUCCAAGUGCCUCCGGCCAAGAGGGCUAAGAAAUCUGUGCCCAAAGUCAAGCACGUGAGCGCCGACGACGAGCCACAAGAGACUAAAAAGGAUCAGUAAAACGAAAGGAGAGAAAGAGCAGAUUUUUUUGCAUUUUUUUUUGCUUUUUACCAUUUUCUAUUAUUGCUGUUAUAGCCAUUGCUAUAAAUGCUGGCACUUCAAUGGAUUAUGAAGAAUCAUUCACUACUUUUGAUUAAGCGAAUAUUUAUUCCCCACAUGUUACGUUUAUCGAGAUAUCAGUUCAGACAAUUGUUCACACAGUCAAGAGGGCAAAGAAGUCUGUGCCCAAAGUGAAAUACGGAUCAGCCACAAUAGACCAAAAAGGAUCAGUAAACGAAAGGA